AUGGGGAAGAGGCUCAUACGCUGGCUUGUUUCCAGAUGUGUCUUCCUCCCGGACCAGGGGGCCUUCUUUGUGAACUAUGUGAUCGCCUCAGCCUUCAUCGGCAAUGGCAUGGAGCUGCUGCGGCUGCCAGGCCUCAUCCUCUACACCUUCCGCAUGGUCAUGGCCAGGACAGCUGCUGACCGCAGGAACAUCAAGCAGAACCAGGCCUACCAGUAUGAGUUUGGAGCCAUGUACGCCUGGAUGCUGUGCAUCUUCACUGUCAUCAUGGCCUAUAGCAUCACCUGCCCCGUUAUCACACCCUUCGGCCUCAUCUACAUCCUGCUCAAGCACAUGGUGGACCGGCACAAUCUCUACUUCGUCUUUCUGCCGGCAAAGUUGGAGAAGAGGUUGCAUUUCGCUGCUGUGAAUCAGGCCUUGGCUGCACCCAUCCUCUGCCUGUUCUGGCUCUUCUUCUUCUCCUUCCUGCGCCUAGGUUUGCAGGCCCCUGCCACCCUGUUCACCCUCCUGGCCGUGGUGCUCACCAUCCUGAUCUGCCUGGCCUAUACCUGCUUUGGCUACUUCCAGCAUCUCAGCCCUCUGUACUACAAGACCUCAGAAUCUGCAAGACAGGAAGGAAGCGAGGCAGAAGCCCAGGAGCCUCCACCGCUCACACCCUAUGUGCCCCAGAUCCUGAGUGGUCUGGCCUCGGAGAGGACAGGCCUAACCCUGCAGCAUCGGCAGAACUAUGGCACCAUCCACCAUGUCAGUGGGGCCCUCCCCAAGCAGGACGCUGCCCGUCACCCAGUGGAUGGCGCACUACCUCUGCAUCUCCUAUGGACUACGUGUGAAGGCGCCUUCUGUGGAGCAGAAGGGACUCAGCCCUGAUGAGGGCUGGCUGGCGUUCUAGCCACAGUAGCGGUGGACCCGUGCUUCGAGCUUUGUGGCUGGGAUGGUACCCAAGCUCUGAAGCCAAGAUCAUGUGUUAGUUCAUUCCCCAAGUUAUCCUGAGAACAAUGUGACAAGGGGAAUAUCAGGUGAACUCCUGAUAAUCCUGGCUGAUUUGACUAUGGCCUGGGCCCCAUUUCUGUGGGCUCUGGGACCUGGGUCCCCCUGAUGCAGGCAGAGGCGAUGAGGACCAUUAAUAAAGUACCUCUGUCUGAG